CCGGCCCGUGUCCUUCACCAUGCUACGCUCGGCACCGCCGGGCCGCUACCUGUACCCCGAGGUGAGCCCGCUGUCUGAGGAUGAGGACCACGGCAGCGAGAGCUCGGGCUCGGACGAGAAGCCCUGCCGCGUGCACGCGGCGCGCUGCGGCCUCCAGGGCGCCCGGCGGAGGGCCGUGGGCCGGCGGGCCGGGGGUGGCGGGCCGGGGCCCGGGGGGCGGCCGGGUCGCGAGCCCCGGCAGCGGCACACGGCGAACGCUCGUGAGCGGGACCGCACCAACAGCGUGAACACGGCCUUCACGGCGCUGCGCACGCUCAUCCCCACCGAACCCGCCGACCGCAAGCUCUCCAAGAUCGAGACGCUGCGCCUGGCCUCCAGCUAUAUCUCGCACCUGGGCAACGUGCUGCUGGUGGGCGAGGCCUGCGGUGAUGGGCAGCCGUGCCACUCCGGACCCACCUUCUUCCAUGCGGCGCGCACGGGCAGCCCCCCACCCCCGCCGCCUCCGCCGCCGCCAGCCCGAGAUGGCGAGAAUGCGCAGCCCAAACAGAUCUGCACCUUCUGCCUCAGCAACCAGAGAAAGUUGAGCAAGGACCGAGACAGAAAAACGGCAAUUCGGAGUUAGGAGGAGGGCCCGAGCAGCCAAGGCGGAUGCCUGGCGAAGGUGGAUGCCAGCGGGGAUGCCCAGAGCCCCAACUUGGACCUGACCUGGGCAUGGGCCCAGAGAGCACCCACCAGGCCAGACCCGCCCCUGGUUGUGAGCAGGGCCCACGGACACAGAUGGACAGACAGGCAGCGGCCUGACUUUGAGUAGCUCAGCACUCGCCCGGCCACUGGAACUUUCCAUGCUGGCUCCCUACCUGGGCUAAGUGUUGGCAUCCUGCAUCUCUGAUGUGAUAAUAUAAAGUGUGGAAAUUUUGUAUAAUUAAAAAAAUGGAACACUACCUUCCAAAUA